CUGUGGAUAUAUUACAUAUCAUUCACCAAAUUUGAUAUUUCAAUCACGGAAAACACACAUACCCAAAACAGUCAUUCCUACUCAGAUCAACAAAUACCGCUACCUGCUACACGUUUUUUCGGUGCAUGUAAUCUGGAUUACUACAGCAUGAGCCAUCAAUGCGGUUGCAAUGUCCAUUAA